AGCGGGAAGCGGAGACGCCAGCGGCUAGCUGUUGGGGACCUCAGCCGGAGGUGUAACUGGCCGCCGCCGGAGAAGAAGGGACAGUGACUGAGGCGGCCUGGUCUCCGUAGCCAGGGAAGAUGGUGCUGCUGACGAUGAUCGCCCGUGUGGCGGACGGCCUUCCGCUGGCCGCCUCGAUGCAGGAGGACGAGCAGUCAGGCCGGGACCUUCAACAGUAUCAGAGUCAGGCUAAGCAACUCUUUCGAAAGUUGAAUGAGCAGUCCCCUACCCGAUGUACCUUGGAAGCAGGAGCCAUGACUUUUCACUACAUUAUUGAGCAGGGGGUGUGUUACUUGGUUUUGUGUGAAGCUGCCUUCCCUAAGAAGUUGGCCUUUGCCUACCUAGAAGAUUUGCACUCGGAAUUUGAUGAACAGCAUGGGAAGAAGGUGCCCACUGUGUCUAGGCCCUAUUCCUUCAUCGAGUUUGAUACCUUCAUUCAGAAAACCAAGAAACUCUACAUUGAUAGCCGUGCUCGGAGAAAUCUAGGCUCCAUUAACACUGAAUUGCAGGAUGUGCAGAGGAUCAUGGUGGCCAAUAUUGAAGAAGUCCUACAGCGGGGAGAAGCACUCUCAGCAUUGGAUUCAAAGGCUAACAAUUUGUCCAGUCUAUCUAAGAAAUACCGCCAGGAUGCGAAGUACCUGAACAUGCGCUCCACUUACGCCAAGCUUGCAGCAGUAGCUGUGUUUUUCAUCAUGCUGAUAGUGUAUGUGCGGUUUUGGUGGCUGUGAGAUGUGAACCUAGUCACUAGUAAGGGAGAACCUAGAACCCCGCAGUGUAUGUUUUCAGGAAACUGAGCUCACAGGGCUGUGUAUUAGAAUCCACGUGGAACUUCUGCCUCUAAAGACCUUGCAAGAAAAGACCUGUCCUGAAAAUGAAAGAUGGCGCCUCGUUUAAGGAAGCUUGACCCAUGUGGAAGUCUCUCUGGGACAGACUUUCUCUGGGUGCUGAGCUAUAUGUAUUAGGGAACAGUAGGUUGUCUGUUUUGUUUCUCUCCCUCCCAGUACAUGUGUGAGGCAGCAGAACUGGGGCAUUCUCUCUCUGAUGGAGCCAUCAGUGAGAUUUAAGGUAGCCAACCCAUUCUAGCAGCAUCCUGAAAUUCUGUCAAAGAAGGCGGCCCUCUGGGGAGUCCUAACUUUAAUCGACAUUCCUGUGUUGGUAGCAGUGUGAUUGACUUUCAAGUGAGACACAGUAUGUGAAGGUUCAUGAUGCACAGAUCCUAUGUGUUGGCCAUUGUAAGAAGUUAACUUUCGUUGUUUCCCUUUUAUAUUUUGCUUAUUGCACAGUUGCUUUGGAAUUAAAUCAAUUAUAUAAUAUGCCUUGAAAUUAUAUAGUAUUGCUUGACUAAAAGGAUGAAUUUUUUUUUUCUGUCAUUUACUCUUUGUUGUUUGUUUUUCUUUUCUUUUUGUUUUUUUUUUUGUUUGUUUGGUUAGUUUGUUUUGUUUUGUUUUGUUUUGUUGAGACAGGGUCUCUCUAGCCUCAGUUGUCCUGGAACUCAUGAACCAGGCUGGCCUUGAAAUGACAAAGAUCCACCUUCCUCUUCGUUUACUCUUUAACUCUCUUGGGACAUUAUUAUUUGGGACUGUUUGGUCUCUGUAGAGUUGGUGUAGCGCAGGGUAGUCAGAGGCCCUGCUUUACGAGAAGAAAGGCCCAGCUUAAAGCUCCAACUCUGCCUGCCCCUUCCUCCCACUUUGUCUAUGCGUUCCCAAUUCUUGGUUUUCUUUUUUUUUUUUUUUUUUUAUUACAUAUUUUCCUCAAUUACAUUUCCAAUGCUAUCCC